GUUCCAAAAGGCCAAUGACUUUCACUUGUCAUUUAACACCACGCUAUCGUCCGGAACUGAGAUUCCAUAAACCCCUUAAACCCCUUAGCCGUAGAAUGACCAUAAGGCUCUUCAGAUAUGCUCGUUUUGUUGGUCAUCCUUUCAAAAUCUCUUCAAGAUUCAUAUGCUCCGAGAAUAACCUUGUUUCAUUGGUAGACCCAGAACUGAGAUUCCCAGAAAAUGAAUCUUUUCAACAAGAAAAGAAGAUGGGUGGUUCAUUUUCAGUCCAAGAAAUGGAUUCAAUCUUGGGUGCUGAAGUUAUCUCCAAAGAUGAGAUUGGUAAGUUUUCAGAUGAUGCUUUCUUGAUUAUAAAUGCUAUAAGGAAGGGUAAUGAUGGGUUUGGAGAGAGAACUGAGAGAGUUGUUAGGCAUUUUAGGGAAAAGCUCAACCCUGGUUUAGUGGUUGAUGUGUUGAGAAAUAUACAUAACCCUGAAUUGGGUGUUAAGUUUUUCAUGUGGGCUGGUAGACAAAUUGGCUAUGUGCAUAAUGCAUCUGUUUAUGAUGCUUUGUUGGAUGUAAUAGGGUGUGAUGUCCCAUUACAUUUUGUUCAAGAUAUAGGAAAAAAUGAUAGGGAAGUGCUUGGCAAGUUGCUUAAUGUGUUGAUAAGCAAGUGUUGCAGGAAUGGGUUGUGGGAUUUAGCAUUGCAGGAGCUGGGAAGGCUCAAGAAUUUUGGUUACAAGCCCUCGGCGGCCACUUAUAGUGCUCUGAUUCAGGUGUUUCUGCAAGUAAAUAGAUUGGAGACUGCAUCUUUGAUAUACAAGGAGAUGUCAGCACUUAACUUUAAGAUGGACAAGCGUACAUUAAAUAGCUUUACGCGAUCAUUGUGCAAAGUGGGUAAAUGGAGAGAAGGCCUUGAUUUAAUUGACAAGGAAGAGUUUGUGCCUGAUACAGUGAUUUAUACUAAUAUGAUUUCAGGAUUAUGUGAAGGUUCCCUCUUUGAAGAAGCAAUGAAUUUUCUCAAUAUAAUGCGGACUAGUUCGUGUAUCCCUAAUCGUGUAACAUAUGAAGUUUUGCUUUGUGCACUUUUAAACAGGAAAAAACUUGGUCGUGUCAAGAGAGUUCUUAAUCUUAUGAUUUCUGAAGGUUGUUAUCCAGGUCAGAAAAUAUUUAAUUCUCUUGUACAUGCAUACUGUAGAUCAGGAGAUUACUGGUAUGCCUAUAAAUUGCUCAAAAAAAUGGAUGGCUGUGGCUGUAAGCCAGGAUACGUAGUUUACAACAUAUUGAUUGGUGGUAUUUGUGGCAUUGAGGAGUUACCAAGCAAGGAUGUGCUAGAAUUGGCUGAAGAUGUGUAUAAUGAAAUGCUAAAUGCAAGACAAGUACUGAAUAAAGUCAAUGUGGUCAAUUUUGCACGAUGCCUUUGUGGAUUUGGAAAAUAUGAGGAGGCUUUUAAUGUUAUUAAAGAAAUGAUGAGCAAAGGUUUUAUACCUGAUGUCAGUACAUACUCGAAAGUUAUUGGUUUUCUUUGUAAUGCCUCCAAAGUAGACAAGGCAUUCCUGUUGUUCCAAGAAAUGAUGAGGAAUGGAAUUAUUCCAGAUGUUUAUACUUACACAAUUUUGAUUGAUAGCUUUUGUAAAUCUGGCCUUAUUCAACAGGCUCAUAAUUGGUUUAAUGAAAUGAUUGAAAAGGGUUGUACUCCUAAUGUAGUGACUUACACAGCUAUUAUCCAUGCUUACCUCAAGCAAAGGCAAAUCUCAGAUGCAAAUGAGCUCUUUGAAUUGAUGUUAAUGCAAGGAUGCGUUCCAAAUAUUGUCACUUUCACUGCUUUGAUUGAUGGAUACUGUAAAGCUGGACACAUAGAGAAGGCUUGCCAGAUCUAUGCAAGAAUGAAGGGGAGUCUAGAUACUGCUGAAGUAGAGUCGUACUUCAAGGUUGAUCUUGAUGGUAAUAAGGAGCCAAAUGUCGUUACAUAUGGAGCUAUGAUUGAUGGUUUGUGCAAAGCACAUAGGGUGAAAGAAGCUCGCAAUCUUUUGGAUGUCAUGUUAAUGGAAGGAUGCGAGCCAAAUCAUAUUGUUUAUGACGCAUUAAUUGAUGGGCUUUGCAAGGUGGGUAAGCUAGAUGAUGCGCAAGAGAUAUUUACCAAAAUGUCAGAAUGUGGAUAUAGUCCGAGUGUUUACACAUACAGCUCUCUAAUUGAUAGGCUAUUUAAGGAUAAUCGUUUGGAUCUUGCUAUAAAAGUCUUGUCUAAAAUGCUCGAAAGUUCUUGCCGCCCAAAUGUCGUUAUAUACACAGAGAUGGUAGAUGGCUUUUGUAAAGUUGGUAAAAUAGAUGAAGCUUAUAAACUUAUGUUGAUGAUGGAAGAAAAGGGGUGUCAUCCAAAUGUUGUGACCUAUACUGCAAUGAUUGAUGGAUUUGGCAAAGCUGGAAAAGUGAGUAAGUGUCUUGAACUCAUCGAAAGGAUGGGUAAUAAGGGUUGCGCACCAAAUUACAUAACCUAUUCAGUUGCAAUAAAGCAUUGUUGUGCUGCAGGACUUUUAGAUGAGGCUCUCCAACUUCUUGAGGAAAUGAAACAAAUAAGUUGGCCGAAACACAUGGCCAGCCAUCGUAAGGUUAUUGAAGGUUUGGAAAGAGAGUACUUAAUCAGUCUGGGUCUUUUAGAGGACAUGGGCAACAAAAAUUCUCUUCCAAUUAUUCCAGUUUAUAGGGUUCUAAUUGAUAGCUAUCAAAAAGCAGGAAGACUUGAAUUUGCCGUGGAGCUACUUAAAGAGGCUUCAUCAUCUUUGCCAUUUUCAAAUCUUGAUAAGAAAAUGUACUCUUCCUUGAUCGAGUGCCUUUCUGUUUCAAACAAAGUUGAAUUGGCGUUUGAAUUAUAUGUAGACAUGAUAAAGAAAGGUGCAGUUCCAGAGCUUACGGACUUUGUUAACCUCAUUAAGGGAUUAGUAAGCAUGAAUAGAUGGGAGAAUGCACUUGAACUCUCCCAGAGCUUGUAUUACAUGUUACAUGCAUCGAAAUCCACCACCAUUCGGCUCCUUUAAAGGUCAAGAAAUGAUACGUUGAGUCUAUCUCAUUAUGAGGCACUACCUGUUGGCACCUGAUAUACAUACUUGGAGCUGCACUAGUUGACAGGCUGCAGUUUGACCUUGUUAUAACCAAGAGACAAGUCAGGGCUCCAAUCCAGUGAAGGAAUAUCCACUAGGGAUCAAAACUUUGUUAAAACUACUUACUUGAUUCUCCUUGCGGAAAGCACAAGAACAUUCCAAUACUUGAGUCAUGGGGCAAGGAAACCUUCUUUUAUUGAGAGAUUCCUCAGGGUUGCACUUUGAAUAUGCUUGUAAUGGAAAGAAGUAAUACAGCAGUGCUUUGUUCUCCAAGGCUUCAAGGUGUGGUCAUGUUGGAUACAAUAUGAAGGUUGUGUUCCAACCCAUGUGAUGUUCUAGGUAUGAACGCUUCGAUCCCCAUUCAAAUCUUCCUGCCUUCUCCAUCGUUAAAAUAAAAGUGGAAAGGAAAAAGAGACCGUUGCAUUUCUUUAUUGGUAAGCUCUUAAAUCAAUUGUUAAAACCAAUCAAGGCCACGAAGGGCAAUUACUUCUUUACUAUCAUUACGAUGUGUGCAAGGAUGUAUUCAUGAGUAGGUUAAUUUGCUCUGUUUAACACAAUUCUAGUUAAUCUCUUUCUAUUUUCCUACUUCUUUUGUGUUGAUGUGGUGUCCUUCCAGCUUGCACGCGCUAAUCCACCAGACAACUUGCUAUAAGCCACAUGCACAGGAACUUUGUUUGCUGCUUGAUGGCUAUUGAGACGAAUUUGCCAAAAAAUCCUAUUUAUUUUUCAGCAGAUGUGGUUUGGCUAGACGAUGGGGACACGUCGAUGUCAACUAAAACACCCAGCAGAAUCUGGUUUGAUGAGAACCCUGCUAGGUUUUUUUCUUUCUCAUUUCCUCCUAAAUUGAUUCAUCAAACCUUUUACUACACACCCUGAUCUGAGGAAACCGUGUAUCUUGUCUAGUUUCUGUCACGCAAGGAUUAAUACUCGGUACAUAGCGGUAAGCCCAAGAUGGUGUUACUUAAAGAGAAUUGAAUUAGAUCUGCAGAUUCAGUAUGUAAUCCUGCUUAUAUGAGUGUCUCCAUUCCGUAAUCUACGUUGAAGCUGGUGUAUCGUACGCAUUUCUAAGAAGUUCUUUCUGCCCAAGCUGCAAGUUUAUGGUUUCAGGAGUUGACAUGGAAUUAGUUGAUUGUAUGUGAGAAUCAAGUCUUUUUAAGUAUGUACUCGCAUGCCAAAAAGAAACAGUACCAAAGAAUUUGUCCAUCAGAAAUGUUGAAGUGUGUGACCGUCUCAUCUAAAAGCUUAAGCUGUUAGAGAGAGAGCACUUCUAUUUACUUAAUUAUGUCUUCAACAAGAAAGAGCUUAUGAUCACAUAGGAGCAGAAUAUCAUGAAGUUCAGUUUGCUCACUGUUGAGAGGGGCUUGAUACCAUGAGCUCAGAAGUGUAGCUCUGUCACUAGGAGAAAAUGCAUCUCUUUCUCUUAAUAAAGGUUGGUUUUAUUAAUGUUGUUAAUCUCUCGAAUGAUUAGUUGAGAUCAUCUUUAGUUGCAAUCAAUUUAAUAAUUUUUCUAGUUUAAA